AGUCAAGUGUCUAGUAAGGACGGUGUGUCUAGUGGUUGCUGGUUGCAGAGCGAGAGGUAGCUUUCGAAAAAUUCCAGUCGAAUUCCGUUCCGAGCUGAAGGGACAGUAAUGUAUCUAGUUGUCAAAAGAAAAAAAUGAUGUGAUAAUAUUUGAUUUACAUAACUUUUAAUAUUAUCUGUCCGACUGCAAGAUGGCUCAAAGGGAAGUCAAUCACGAUUUUAUUUCGGAAAUUUCGUGUGUUAAAUUUCCUGGCAUAGUAAAAGACUCAGGAGUGCAGCAAGCUAUCCAAGCCCUCGGUGGCAAUGCGGCCCUCUCGCAGACUUUUUCUAGAGGUCAAAAGUUAGAACUGAAUUUCAAUCCUGACAGUAUGUUUCACAAAUCGACAUAUGGAGACUUAGAAAAGACUGAUGCAGUUCUCAUGAGAGUAAAAAAGAAGUCAGGCGAGGCGACAGUUGUUGGAGUGAUUAAAGAUAGUUACUCGUUUAAAAACCUAUGCGACUUUCAGUUUCUUCCCCCAGGUGACCCAGACACUACUGUGUUCCCAUUGUCUACAGUAGCCAACCCCAAGGCUCUGAUGGCUAGUGAUGUUGAGCCCCCACUUUACCUGACGGCUAUGAAUCUGUCUAGGAUGGACGUGCCGUCAAUGUACUCAUUCUCAAAUCGCUCCCUCAUUACAAGUGGAAGAGUCUCAAGACGUAAUCACACUCAGAGGGUACCCUUCAGCAUGACAGCGCAAUUUCCCAAUGAACGUAUUCCUGGUGCCAUCAAAUUAGCUAAAAUCAAAGAUCUCCAAAGCAAGGUGAAUGCUGCGGAGGAGCUCUUCAAGAAGCGCCCUCUGUGGACUCGAGCUGCUAUUCUUUCCACGCUCAACAUUGACAAAUAUGCUGCUAUAGUUAUCCUUCCCUGUGUGUCCUUCUUUUUUCUGGGUGGACCUUGGAGGCUGACUUGGUGUCGACAUGGCUACGACCCGAGGAAAGACCCAGAUGCAAAAAUGUGGCAGACAAUUGAAUUCAGAGCGCAAUCUCUAGAGUUGCGGAAACACUUAAGACGAAGAUUUGAUGAGAAAGAUGACUAUAUUUUCAAAGAAGGCGACAUUCCUUCUCAAGUCAACAGUUUGUACCAGUUGAUCGAUAUUCACGUCAAAGAAAUUCAAGACUUGCUUGUGGACUCCCCUUUCAAAACUUGUCAUGAGAAAUUUGGUUGGAUAACUUCAGCAACAACUGACAAAAUAAGAAAAAUAAUUGAUGAAAAGGCUAAUGAAGCAGUUAUCGCUAAAUAUGGCCGAUCAUUGCCAGCGAAUCAAACUGAGGACCAAGAAGAUAGUGAUGAUUCACUGAUGGUACUAAGCAACAAGGAUUCGGAUACAUCAGAGGAUGCAGAGGAUUUCACAUCAGAUGAUGACGAUUGAAUAUCGUGUACCACAUUUUCCUAUUUAUGAGCCUGUCCAUUAAUAAAACUGGUUUUGUAUAAUAUUAAUACCAUAAUUUUAUUGAUAAUUCAUAAGGGAAUGUGGCCGUA